AUGUUUUUCUGUUUUACCUUCGGUCUUGAACGAUAUAAGCGCAAAUCUGGUCAUCAUGUUUGGCACUGUCCCAAUUGUCAAGCAAAAGAUGUCUAUUACAUCAAGAAUAAUGAAUGCUUUACGUUUUGCUUUGUUCCCUUGGUGCCUUGUGGAUCCACCAAAAAGCUAUACGAAUGCCAGACAUGUGGAUGGGUGAAUGUACAGCAGCCCAACUUUUAA